GGGGAUUCCCGCGGCCGUGGCCACUACCCGGCCUGCCCCGCGGCAAGAUGGCGGUCUGAAGGCGGUGGGCAGCGGCAGAAACUGAAGACUCAGGGGCCCCAGGGAUUGGAAGAAAUCACAGUGCCUGCUUGGAAAGAAGAAGAGGUAGCGACUUGCCCCAGCUCAACCCCAGAGCGGGAGCUGUUGGCCAGAGGAAGUGGCCGGGCCGUGGGAUGCAGAGAGCCACAGGCUGACUCCCGGACAGCAGAACAGAGAGUGCUGCCGACGGACGGACGCAGGUUGAAGAGCUCUCGCCUCCCAGAAUGACCAGUGCUGCCCCUGCUAAGAAGCCCUACCGUAAGGCACCACCCGAGCAUCGUGAGCUGCGGCUGGAAAGCCCUGGUUCCCGGCCCGAGCAGGAGGAGCCGCUGACUGAUGCGGAGAGGAUGAAGCUUUUGCAGCAGGAAAAUGAAGAGCUUCGUCGGCGCCUGGCCUCGGCCACCAGGCGCACUGAGGCUCUGGAGCGCGAGCUGGAGAUCGGGCAGGACUGCCUGGAGUUGGAGUUGGGCCAGAGCCGGGAGGAGCUGGACAAGUUUAAGGACAAGUUCCGCAGGCUGCAGAGCAGCUACACGGCUUCCCAGAGGGCCAAUCAGGAGCUGGAGGACAAGCUGCACACGCUGAUCAAGAAGGCUGAGAUGGACAGGAAGACGCUGGACUGGGAAAUUGUGGAGCUGACCAACAAGCUGCUGGAUGCCAGGAACACCAUCAACAAGCUGGAGGAGCUCAAUGAGCGGUACCGGCUGGACUGCAACCUGGCCGUGCAGCUGCUCAAGUGCAACAAGUCCCACUUCCGUAACCACAAGUUCGCUGAUCUGCCCUGUGAGCUACAGGACAUGGUUCGGAAACACCUGCACAGUGGUCAGGAGGCCUCCAGCCCCAGGCCUGCCCCCAGCCUGGCCCCUGGGGCUGUGGUGCCCACCUCGGUCAUUGCCCGCGUGCUGGAGAAGCCGGAGUCUCUCCUGCUCAAUUCAGCCCAGUCAGGCAGUGCCGGGCACCCCUUGGCUGAGGAUGUCUUCGUGCAUGUGGAUAUGAGUGGGGGUGACCCGGGUGACUCAGCUAGCCCCCCAGCCCCGAGCAGCCCCAGCCCCCAACCCAACGGGGAGUGCCACUCCCUGGGCACUGCUGGGGGCUCCCCAGAGGAGGAGCUGCCCCUGCCGGCCUUUGAGAAGCUGAGCCCCUACCCAACCCCAUCUCCGCCACACCCACUGUAUCCUGGCCGCAGGGUGAUCGAGUUCUCUGAGGAUAAGGUGCGGAUCCCCCGCAACAGCCCCCUGCCCAACUGCACAUAUGCCACCCGCCAGGCCAUCUCCCUGAGCUUGGUGGAGGAGGGCAGUGAGCGGGCCCGCCCCAGCCCGGUGCCUAGCAGCCCUGCCUCGGCCCAGGCCUCCCCCCAGCACCAGCCCCGCCCUGCCCCACCGGCGCUCAGUGCCCCGGCCAGCUCUGCCAGCUCCGAGGAGGACCUGCUGGCCAGCUGGCAGCGGGCGUUUGUGGACCGCGCUCCGCCCCCGGCUGCUGCGGCCCAGCGCACAGCCUUCGGCCGGGAUGCGCUCCCCGAGCUGCAGCGCCACUUUGCCCUUGGGCCUGCUGGUGGAGAUGAGGUGCAGGCACCGUCGUCCCCGCCUGGUGAAAGCGGGCUUCUGCUGCUGCCCGAAGCUGACCCUGGCUUUCCCAGGGAGGAGGAUGAGGAAGAGCUGAAUCUGCCCAUCAGCCCAGAGGAGGAGCGCCAGAGCCUACUGCCCAGCGAUGCUGGCACUGAGGAGGGGCCCAGCGCGCCUCGCGCCGAGGGCAGGGUGUGGGCACUGCCCAGCCCCAGCCGCCCCCAGCGCAGCCCCAAGAGGAUGGGGGUGCACCACCUGCACCGCAAGGACAGCCUGACUCAGGCCCAGGAGCAGGGCACUCUGCUGCACUAGUGCCCGGCUCGCCUUCCCGCCGCCACCGCACUGGGGUCGCAGGGCACCCCUGCCCUUGCAGCUCAGGGUCUCCACCCAGCCCAAGCCCUUGGCCUCUGCUCCCUGCGCAAACAGGGCCAGGCCACACCAGGCCUUCCAGCUGCACUGACUCACUGGCACCAGCUGGCCUCGUGGUUUUUCCCUCCUGGAAUAUUUAUUCUCCAAUGGUAACGUGCAGCUGGGGCUCGUGACUGUUCUUCCAGUCAGCCCAAAUUGGUCUGCUCUGGGGAGCUGAGGCGAUUAUUACAUCAGUGUUUAUCCUCCAUCCUCCUUUCAUAGACACCAGUUUUCUUUCUUCCCCCAGAGUGUAGGGGGUCAUUGGGAUUAUUAACCUCUAAAUUCUAGUUUUUGACUUGUUUCCCUCUCCUUCAAUCCUCGCACGAGCUGUUGCCUUCAAGGGGCCUAGCACAGCAGGCCCUCGGGGGUGUGGGAGAGGACUGACUCAGGGCUCCUCAGAUGUUCCUCCUCCCUCUGGAAGGGAGUAGAGGGUGGGAUUCAGGGGCCUUAAACUGGGCUCUAGGUGAAGCCUGGCCCCACUCCCAACCUUGGCUCUAGACUGUUACUCCCAGCACUGGGAAAUUUUCACAUCGGUAACUAUUUUAAAAUUAAACUAUUU